CGGAGUUCCUGAAUUCAGCUGCGUGACAGCCUUUCUAUGGCUAUGGCUGUGGUUUCGCAAGAUGCUUCUGCCGGCGUGAGGGCGGCGGCACUUGUUGCGCCUGAUGAGACAGCGUAUGACCUGUUUCAGAUGCUACGCAACAGCCGUGGAACUGCUUUGCCAUGCUUUGAUGAGCACCUGCCAGCAGGCAUUCUAAGCCCAGACUAUGCAGUGGUGCUGCAUGGCGAGCCGAGCACGGGCAAGUCAGUGCUGCUGCGAAACAUCCUUGCGACCCAUUUGCUUCCGAAGGCCUGUGAUGGUCACGGACUUCCCUCAGUGCUGGUGGAUGCUGAUAAUGCCUUCGAUGUGUGGCUCUUGGCCAAGCUUCUUCAGGAUCGGGCGCGGCGCAGUGGUGUCAACUCCGAGGAGGCUGUGGAUUUGGUCACUGACGCCUUGGGUCGAUUGCUGGUCUUCCGGCCCUGUGAGCCCUUGGAUUUGCUGCAGCAACUCCGUCAGCUGCGUAGCAUCUUCUCCUCAAACCCCACUGCAGGGCUGUUGGUCAUUGACUCCAUGUCAGCUUGGCAGUCCAUGACGGCAGCCUUCCCUCGCUCUGCCGGUGCCACCCUGAAGGAAUGUUGGAGAGCUGUGGCCCGUUUGCAGCAAGAAGCCUCAGUUGCAGCCGUCAUCGCCCACCGCGACGCAGCUGUGGAAUUCCCCUUGCACUUUGAGGCCAUACACUUGGGUGUUGGGUGCUGCCCCAAGGUCCAGCCUAAAGGGGAGGAGCAUCUGGAAGCAAGUGCGCACUCUGAGCAUGAGUGUUUCUAUAUAGCGCCUGGGGGAAAGGUGCUGGAUUCAAGCGCCCUCGAUGCACAGACCUUUUUCGUGAUUUCGCCUGCUGGCGAAGUAGUAACAAUCCCAACACAGCCAGAGUUGAGGCCUCUAAGUCUAAGUGUGGGCCACAACCAUUUCUGAGCAACUCCACGGCUCGAGAUGCAAGGCAUGCAAAAAAAUGCCCAAGUUCUGUCGAACAACUCUUUGGGGGGCUCGUUGCAAAGUUUUUCGUUUUUCAUGAGGUAAAAAAGUCAAAGCCCGAGCUUU